AGCACCGCAUCAGCACCACCACACCACAACACACGUUGCUGGAAUUUCCAUCACCACCACCCGCACAGCGCCCUUUUGUCCUGUUUCUCUGCACGACACAGAAUACGCCUGCCAUUGGCAUUAACGAUAUUACGCCCGCACCCACAGACACCUAGCUCCCAGCUCUCUCACGAUGGGCGACGUUGCUGUCGAGAGCCCCGUGGCCGCCCUCAAGAAGGCCGCGCCCUCCGUUAUCCCGACCAUUGACAACUUCGAGGGUGUCUCAACAGAAGGAGGCGAUGAUUAUGCAAACCUCAAGAAGCUCCAGCGUCAAUUAGAAUAUAUCCAACUGCAAGAGGAAUACAUCAAGGAUGAGCAAAGAUCCCUUAAGCGCGAACUCGUUCGUGCCCAGGAAGAGAUUAAGCGCAUCCAGAGUGUCCCUCUAGUCAUUGGCCAGUUCAUGGAAGCGAUUGACCAAAACACCGGCAUUGUCCAAUCGAGCACCGGCUCCAACUACGUUGUCCGAAUCCUCUCGACGCUCGACCGCGAACAGCUCAAGCCCUCCUCCUCCGUCGCCCUCCACCGCCACUCCAAUGCCCUCGUCGACAUCCUCCCUCCCGAAGCCGAUUCCUCCAUUGCCAUGCUUGGCGCCGAUGAGAAGCCCGACGUGACGUACGCCGAUGUCGGUGGUCUCGACAUGCAGAAGCAGGAGAUCCGCGAAGCCGUCGAGCUGCCCCUCACCCACUUUGACCUCUACAAGCAGAUUGGUAUCGACCCUCCCCGCGGUGUCCUUCUCUACGGUCCCCCCGGUACCGGCAAGACCAUGCUUGUCAAGGCCGUUGCCAACUCGACCACUGCCAGCUUCAUCCGUGUCGUCGGUUCCGAAUUCGUCCAAAAGUACCUUGGCGAAGGUCCUCGCAUGGUCCGCGACGUCUUCCGCAUGGCUCGCGAAAACUCGCCCUCCAUUAUCUUCAUUGACGAAAUCGAUGCCAUUGCCACAAAGCGUUUCGACGCCCAGACCGGUGCGGAUCGUGAAGUCCAGCGUAUUCUGCUUGAAUUGCUCAACCAGAUGGACGGUUUCGACCAGACCUCCAACGUCAAGGUCAUCAUGGCCACCAACCGUGCUGACACCCUCGACCCUGCUCUUCUCCGUCCUGGACGUCUUGAUCGUAAGAUUGAGUUCCCUUCGUUGCGUGACCGCCGCGAACGCCGUCUCAUCUUCUCCACGAUUGCUGGCAAGAUGUCCCUCGCCCCGGAGGUUGACCUCGACAGCUUGAUUGUGCGAAACGACCCUCUUUCCGGUGCCGUAAUUGCUGCCAUCAUGCAAGAGGCCGGUCUCAGAGCCGUCCGCAAGAACAGAUAUAACAUUAUCCAGAGCGACUUGGAGGAUGCCUACUCCAGCCAGGUCAAGGGAACGAGCGAGGAUAACAAGUUUGACUUUUACAAAUAAAUAAACAAAGAACAUGGGAAGAGUGUAUACUAGCAUCAAUAGAAUAUGCGUGGUUAUGAAUUCAAUGUGAAAAAUCUUAUUAUUCCUACAUUCCUACUGCUACUCUCAUUAUACGUCCAACGUCUUCCACCCUCGACCGUGCAACAUCCACUAUAUACAACAUCACGAUGUACAUAGAAGGUCAUCACUGUAAAUAGAAGAAUAGCAUAUUGCGAGAAAAAGUAUUAAUUACAUUCUAUUAAUUUGUCUCAUGGACCCAUUUCCUUAUCCUACAGGCGUAAGCCCUUAACAAAAUCUAAUCAAAGACGCUUCGGCGUCCACAUAAAGGCCGUAACAUAUACAGAAGCGGAGGCUGUCCGCUUUGACAAAACUAUUUGCUGCUGGUAUGCGACCACGUUGCCAUCUCCAAGGAUGUAGAUGGCAUAUGUGAUGAUGGUCUUGGUCCUCAGGACCAUACUGAAAAAAAAAAGAACAACAAGAAAGAUGAAACAUGUAUACAGGCCAACAUCGUGUCGGUGACAAAAAGGGGGGGUAUCUCGAAUAAGGGGUGGAUAUGCUUCGCCAAAGCCACCGAGUUACGAGCUCAGGGUGACGCCAACCUCAAACAGGAGGUGAACAAAACGCUUGUGCAGCUCAAUGAAGAAGUCGGGCUGUCCAACGAGCUCAGCCAAACCCCUCGCCUUGAGGGAUGACGGUGCACCAGGGCCCAUUCGCCGCGAGAGACCCAGGCCGCCAGUGAGAAAACUACUCCCACUGCGGUCAGCAGCUGGCGGGUCAAAGGCCGAUGCUUGAAGCACAGGGCGGUCCAAGCCGACAGAGUAUCCCGGUUGUGACUCGGCAGUUCGUUCAGCCUCUGCCUCGGCAAGCUGCUGAAUCCAGUUGGCCAAGUCACGGAAGGCGUUGGAUAGAACGGCAAAAGUCUUCAUGGCAAGUCGCUCCUUGUGUGUGCUGAGGGCUAAGAAGGCGUAGACGCGCUUGUGACCUCGGGCAUGGACAUCGGGAAUACGGAAGAUGUACGCAGUAGUAUAUCCAGCGAGAGCAUCACCGAAGAAAAUGGGGCCACCGGUGGCAGCAGAUCCAGCGCUCUGGGUGGUCACAAAAGCCGAACCGUUGCUCUGUGGGGAGGCGUUUGGCGUAGACGUAGAGGGUGCGCGGGGGAGAGUCUCAAACGAGAGAGCGCGCAGACAAGAGGCACGGAUCAAAGAAAACGAGGUGGCGAGCAAGGGUUCGUGGGUGGAGGUGUAAUCGACAUAGUGCACAUGGCAAGAAGCCCGCUCCGAGGUCGUGGACGUAGACGAGCAUGAUGUGGUACGAGAGCUGACGGACUGCGCUGGAAUUCUAUUACGCGGGCGCCGUGACACGUCCUUCUCGCCGUCGGUAUCACUCGAGGCUUGCGAUCGAGCAGGUGACGCCAACUGCGCCGGGGAACCGUACACACGUUCCGCUGGCGCACGAGUGCGAAGCGUAGGCCCGCGCAAGCUUGCCAUGUCAUCCGAACCGCCGACGCCAGCCUGGCGGCGAGGCAACGUCAUAGCGCAGUUAUCACAGGGGCCUUGUUUCCGAGUCACCGUUUCGUCGUAGGUGCGACGAUAACCCGAGUCGGUCCGUCGGGGCUGCUGAAAGGCCGGUCUUGGGGAUUCGGGAGGCGUCUCGGGGGCGGUUGUCGAGGAUGAGGCGUUGGAUGUGACUGAGUCGGCAUUAGAGGAAUAAAUGGAGGUGCGCUUGCUUUGGGAGUCGCGAGGCGAGGUGAUACCCGACGAGUUGCGGUUGAGAUUUACGCUGCGAAUAGCGUCCGCAAGCUGGGCGUCCUGGUUUGGUGGGCUAGAGCGAGGAGGGUCAUCUCGGGAGCUUUCGUCGAAGCAGACAGAGCAUGGUGUCGGCAAGCCCUCAGUGACCAUGAGCGGUGUCGGGCCAUGUGUGUCGCAAUAGUGCGCGAGGCAAAGCUGAAGGCUAGGGAUUAGCAUCGAGUCUCGGCUACAAAGCAGUCUGAAAGUGGCGUCGUGAAGUUGGACCAGAGAGGAUGAAAAACAAGGGACAUGACGAAGACCGUCAUUUGAAGGCAAAAGGUAGGAUUUCUGAGGAAGGGGGUAGACGACGGGUAAACGGAAAGUAAUAUAAAGAGCCAAGGCUGCAUAUUGCGGCGUUUGUAAGAGAUACACCGGUCUGAACAAGAGUCUGAACCGGCGAGCGCAAACAAAAGCAUGGGCCAGCGACAGCUGACCAGCGUAGUGAGACGGGCCGAGAAUAGCGCACGCAACGAAUAAGCAGCGGGAGCCAAGCAGUCGGGGAAACGGGCCACAGGCCCUGGGCAGCUAGCCGCUUCGCCGGAUGUCACGGUAGAAGCUUGGUGUGCCUGGAAACAGCAACGAGUUUCACUUGCGAGCUGUAAGGCGACCAAGCUAAAUGAGCUAUGCAAGCUCGCGCCGCAGAUGUAUGGGCGGUGUGCUAUACGUAGCGUGGACAUAGCGUGUGUGGCUGAAAUUGCCGUAUGACUGGCUGCUA